CUUACAACUUUAAGCUUUCACAGUGUGUUUUCAGUUCAUAGGAGUUAAUUGUGACAUUUUUAGUCGCUUAAAGGUCGGUUGUACUUUGAUUUCUCUCUCGUGUCACUUCUGGUAGCAAAACCCCAACACCGUGCUGCCGUCUGGAAAGAGAUACAGAAGUAUCAGCUGCAGUACUACCAGAAUACCAAACAGCUUCUUUCCUCUGGCUGUGAGACUUCUUAACUCAUUCUCCACCCUCCAUAUAUAAUAUAGGUUUUUUUGUAUUUUUCCUAUUUAGCAAAAUGGGACUACAAUCUGAAUUUUGUUGUGAAACCCUGUUGUACAAUGACAAAUAGAAAACCUUGUAACUUGUCACCUUUUUAAGCUGCUUGUACCAAAGACCUAUGAGGUCAUUUGUGGCAGAGGACGGUCUCCAAUUUAGUCCAGAUGUUUAUUUUCACCUUAAACCAAAGCACUACUUAAAUGUAUUAAUACCCCAUAAAUGUCUCAUUUGUCAUCUCACCUGUGAAUAGAAAAUACAUUUUUGUACUUGACAUUUGUUGGUCUACUUUAUUUUAAUUUCAUUUUUUUGCUUUCAUAACAUUUUGGAAAGUUGUCUCUCCAGAAUCUGACAUUUCACAGUCAAACCAGGUAAAAUUCAUUUUAAGUGAUGAAAAGAUACCAGCUGCUGUACUCAUUGUGGCCUUGGUAGACCAGAAUGCAUUGCAAAACAAUGUAAAGAUUAUACCAGCUACAAAUCAGCACCGCUGUGCCAAAGGACAUCUUCUCAAAGCCACUAGCAUGGCUGUGAACUCUUACUCUUGUUUUUCAAUGGCAGAAACCCUGAAAAAACAGUAUAGCAGUGCUGAUGUGGCAUAACACUUCAUGAAUAUAGUGAACAUGAUGACGGAUGAGUUUGGGGAGUGUGAGUAUCUGAGCGUGGAUUUUUCUUCUGUACACGAUAAGAUAAAGCCGGAUCACAUGAAGGCCUGGAGCCUGAUAUCUACCAGAGACACGUGGGUGAUUUAGGUACCUCCUAGUGUCCUCACUUAACCCUCUGUAGAUGUGAGCAGCAGCAAAAUGCCCUCACUAAAGAGGGUCGUCCUCAUUUUGCUAUUCUUGUGACACGCACACACACACACACACACACAGCAGAGGGUAGUUCUUAAACUUGUCGACAGCCACACGCACUACCAUUGACACUUGAACACUCAAGUACGCACCAACAGAGCACCGUAAAUAUAGAAAUUGUUCGGCGACAGUUGUAGGCUGGCAGGCAGGACUACACACACACACACACACACACUCACUCUCAAACCACAGUCUGGCCAGCUGCUAUGGGAAGAGAAGAGGUUAUGAAUGGGAGCGGCAGCUGUGGAUUCCUCGGGAUGAUGGGGGGAGAAAGAGAGAUAGGGGAUAGGGAGAUGAGUUGGAGGAGGUGGAGAGAGAGACAAGGAGGAAAGAAAAGAGGCAGAGUGAGGAUCAGUUAUGAUUUUUUUAAAUUUUCUCUACAACCAAUUUUAGACACUUCAACUUGACUCUUCAUGAAAUGAGAUUGAAAUAACUAUUUAUUUGAACUGCAAGGAAAGGGGGCUGGUUGUUAAUACAAAGUAUAUAACCUGAACUAAGGCGCUAUAGCCUACAACUGUUAUACUUUAUUUUUAUGAGCCAGGACACGUAGGGCUGCUGCUGAGAAAGUCAGGUGACGUAUACAAAGAGUGUAAAGAGAUGUAAAGUGUUUGUAAGGAGGCUUUCAAACAAACACAGGACUUUCACCUAGGAGACCGCUGUCUGUGUCACGUGUUUAACCAAAAGUCAACGCUGACUUAUUUUAACUCACAUUUGUUACACAACUAAAGUACUUUAAGUAAAGUAAAGUACUUGGUUAACUUACAUACUUACCUAACGCCACCUACAUAGAAGAAACAUACUACUUUUUUUACAAAAUAACUUCUUACACUACGCAAUAUAUCAAUCACUAUCUGAUUCAAGAACGAUGUGCCUUUUUUUGAAAGUCAGUGUAACACGUGGUUCGGUUUGUUCUGUAAAAAUCUUGAGGUCUGAUUCAACAUGUGACCAUGUGAUCCUAACUGUCAGUACAAGACUAUUCAUAGAGAUCCUGAGUUGUGCAAGGCUCAUUUAGCAACUCUGUGCUUUUGUGUGUGUGAAUACAACCUCACCUCCUGCACCUUUUUAACUUUAUUAGAGAAUUAAUCACUUCCAUACUGAUGAAUUCAUUUUGCCCGACACAAAACACUGAUCGUUAUAAACAACAUAGAAUCAGCAUAUUUCAAUAAAAUGAUUCUAAACGAUGGCUUUUAACUCUAGAUGUCUUGUUGGUCUCUGUUGGGAAAGUGCUGCGGUGACCAAUCCCCAAGAACAGAUCAGUGUUUUGAACAAAUGGAAGAAAGUGGGUGUUAUCAUGAGCUGCUACACUCACCAUGGUUGAACAGACGCAUAAAAUAAACAGCGCCUCCUAGACAAAACUCAAAUGUCAUCAAACAGAUAAUCCUGGGAGAAAGGUGUCACUUUGGUGCAGAAACACCACACCACUGCACUUCCCCAAAACUGAAGUCAGCAUACUGUAGCAUUGCAAAACGGUAAGAGUCAACUGAAAUGACCCAUGCUGGGAAAAAGUUUCUCCUAUAAUACUAUUAGGCGGAGUUUAGAAGGAGUUUUUCCAUGUUCCUAUAAUGGGUGUGUUUGUGUUUGUGUUCAGUACAUUGGUGUGUGGCCUUCAGGGCCACUGUUAGUCAUUAAUCUGAGUAGUUAAUGGGUGUCAAAACCCUCAGCUUUCCACUAAAGCCAUACAUUGAGAGGAACGGGAACCGUGAUUUGGGAGGCUGUGUGUGUGUGUGUGUAUGUCAGAGAAGCCAAUGUUAUUUCCGUUUUUACCGUCUGAGCAUGCAGUCGAGUAGGGAACUUCACUGCCGUAGGGGCUCAAGGGCACUGCGGCAGCAGCGUCACGACAACAGCAGGGGGAGGAGAGGGGAGGAAAUGGGAGUCUAAACUCAGCUCUUAAACAGGAAGCCACCCUGGUUCUCCCAUUGUUGUGAUUUUAUAGACUCAACUUCCUGCCGGCCCGACCACCCCCUCCGUCACCAUGGUUGCAAUCCCUAAAAUUUAUGGGAUGGAUUGUAAAUAUCUGCACUAGAAAGAGCUGACAUCGGCCGAAGUGUGCCAAUUGAAAAAAAAAAUGGUAGUGUGAGAGAAGUUGUUGUGAAAGUGGGUUCCUAAAAAGUGUAUUAAAAAAUUCUUAAAAUGCCUCCAGCAGUGUUGUCAGAGGUCUUAUGUUUCAUCACAUCCUUCAUUUCUUGCUAACUGUGUUCUUAGUCUGCACUUUACAAGUUUCAGCGUUUUGUUUUCUUUUUGUCUUUAACUUGAUUCCAGGCAGCAUUUUAAAAGGAGUUUAAAAGUCCCUUUCUGUCUGGAGUCUGCAGGCACACAAGGUGCUUCCACAUGUGUGAAUGAAAUGAUGAAAUCAACAGUUUGUGUGUCGCGGCAGCGUCAACAAAUCGAGACAGCGAUACAGAGAGAGAGGGAGGGAGGGAGGGAGGAGAAGAAAGAGAAGGAGUUAAAGAAAAGAGGAUGUGGCCGACAGUAAAAGAUGACUGGAGGGGAGUGGAGCUCUCUGUCUAAUUAUAGAUCCUGCUGUGAGCUGGCUGAGGCAGAAGUGCUACUGGGGUUUUCACACAGCCGGAUAUUUACAACACAGAAACACGGACUCCUCGGUGGCAGUGCCGGUGUCGUGCGCGGCCUUGUUUCCCAUGGACCUCAGGGUGGGAGAGCGGGGGAUGCGCCCUGGUUCGGACACAGCGCUUCUCACCCCGCUACACCCGCCUUUACUCCUCACCCCGUUCUCCUCUCAGCCCCGCACCUCCUUCUCCCAACAGCAGCUGCACCAGCAUAUCCGGUUCAAUAUGGAGCAGAGGAGGCGAGAGCAGGAGCACCACGAGAAACAACAGGAGUUGCAGCAGCUAAAGCACAAAGACAAGAGUCAACAGAGUGCAGUGGCCAGUUCCGUGGUGAAACAGAAACUCCAGGAGGUGAUUCUCAAGAAGCAGAAACAGGCAGCGCUGGAGAGAACUAACUCCAACACUCUGACUGCAGCUCCUGUAGCAUACAGAAAGCUGGGCCCAGACCCCAGUGCGUCCUCUCAGACUCUUGUCUCGUCUCCGUCACAGCCUUCUCCCGAUCGUUCAGAGGGGACGCCGCUACGCAGAGCAGCGUCUGAGCCCAAUCUGAAGGUGAAACACAAGCUGAAGAAACACCUAAACACCCGCAAGAGCCCGCUCACCCGCAAAGAGAGUGCCCCGGCCACCGUCAGGCACCGAGUACCUGACACACUGGACUCGUCCCCCAGCAGCAGUAGCACUCCAGUCUCCGGCUGCAGUUCUCCUAAUGACAGUCUGCCCAAUGAGAAUGGGCUACUGCCAUCUGCAGGCGGCCUCUCGCAUGAGGCCCAGAGGCUGCUGCUAAGAGAUGGCACUCUGUCUAACUUCACCAUCCAGAGUCACUCCACUCUGCCCACCAUCACACUGGGACUACCAGCCAACGCCAGGGCUGACGGAGAGCAGUCCUCUCUGAGAUUAGGCCGGAUGCCAGUGGUUACAGCCGGGGGCUCACCGGUCUUCCUCCCCCUGAGCAGAGAGGACCAGGCUGGGCAGCUGAACCAUCAUCUGCCUGUCAUCAUCCUGGAACCCUCUAGACUGGUACACACUCCGCUCCUCACUGUUCCAGGCUUAGAGCCCGUCCAGCUACAGUUUGCCCCCCAGUUAGACCACCUCGCCCCUGGAGGAGCUCAUCCUCACAAGCCCCUGAGCAGAGCACGCUCGGAGCCCCUCCCCCAGAGCACGCGGACCCUUCACACACAUCUCCUCCAACAGCAGCACAACACGCAACUACUGGAGAGGCUCAAACAGCAAACUCACCUGGGCAAGCUGAUGUCUAAGUCGAACGAGAAGCCCAGACUGCACCAGAUCCCCUCUGAGGACAUGGACUCAGAGGACGGUGGCGGGAUGUCGCCCACAGAGCUAACCUACCAGAGCGGAGUGAGGGCGGAGUCACUGAGGGAGGCGGAGCCGACGGCAUCCAAGAGCCACGAAGAGCAACUUAACCUGCAACAUGCACUCAUACUCAACCAGUCGUUGCUAUGGGAGCAGCAGAAGCAGCUGCAGCAGCUGCAUCGACAAAUGGAGACCCUGGCAGUACCCAUGUUGCGGGGCAACGGCGGGGUUGGUAGUGGGCUGGGAGUCCAUCGGCCCCUGUCACGUACACAGUCCUCCCCAGCCUCCACCUCUCUCACUCUGCCUGAGAACCCCCUGAACCUGGCCGCACAAGAUAGCAGCAGCAAACCACGCUUCACCACUGGCCUGGUAUAUGAUUCUCAGAUGCUGAAGCACCAGUGUACAUGUGGAGACAACAGCAGUCACCCAGAGCAUGCUGGGAGGAUACAGAGCAUCUGGUCCAGACUACAGGAGAGAGGCCUGAGGGGACAGUGUGAGACUAUCCGCGGUCGUAAAGCCACUAUGGAGGAGCUGCAGUCGGUCCACACCGAGCGCCAUGUGUUGCUCUACGGCACCAACCCGCUCAACAGACUCAAACUGGAUAACCGCAAACUGGCCGGUAUCCUGUCUCAAAGGAUGUUUGUGAUGUUACCUUGUGGGGGUGUAGGGGUGGAUAAUGACACCAUCUGGAAUGAGUCGCACACUUCAACGGCGUCACGCAUGGCGGCGGGCAGCGUUGUCGAGCUGGCCUGCAGAGUGGCCAAAGGAGAGCUGAAGAACGGCUUUGCUGUGGUCAGGCCGCCAGGGCAUCACGCAGACCCCUCUAAUCCAAUGGGUUUCUGCUACUUCAAUUCUGUGGCCAUAGCCGCCAAGAAGCUCCAGCACAGGCUCAGCGUCGGCAAGAUCCUGAUUGUUGACUGGGAUGUUCACCAUGGCAACGGCACCCAGGAAGUGUUCUACAGCGACCCCAGCGUUCUCUACAUCUCACUUCAUCGCUACGACGAUGGAAACUUCUUCCCUGGCAGUGGGUCGCCAGCUGAGGUUGGUUCUGGAGCAGGCGAGGGCUUCAACGUGAAUGUGGCGUGGACGGGAGGACUGGACCCCCCCAUGGGGGAUGCGGAGUACCUCUCUGCAUUCAGGUCUGUGGUGAUGCCCAUCGCCCAGGAGUUCUCUCCGGACUUCGUACUGGUGUCGGCCGGGUUUGACGCUGCCGAGGGCAACCCCGCUCCUCUGGGAGGGUACAAGGUCUCCGCCAAAUGUUUCAGCCAUCUGACCCGCCAGCUGAUGUCUCUAGCAGGGGGUCGUCUGGUUUUGUCCCUCGAGGGAGGUCACGACCUCACUGCUAUCUGCGACGCAUCUGAAGCCUGUGUCAGUGCACUCCUGGACAUACAGGACCCACUGCCAGAAGAAGUCCUCCUCCAGAAGCCCAACGCUAAUGCUGUCCGCUCCCUGCAGGCCGUCAUACAGAUACAAAGUCAGUACUGGCAGAGUGUGAAGGCUCACAGCGGAUCAGUGGGUCUGUCCUGUCUGGCUGCGCAGAGAAGAGAAUGUGAGGAAACCGACGCUGUCAACGCUCUGGCCUCGCUCUCCGUGGGAGUCCUUUCCAACAAUAGCCUCCCUGAUGAGCCGAUGGAGCAUGACAGCAACUCCAUGUAGAAGAAUCCGACCAAUUGCCUCACAGAACUCCCUUUCAGGAUUUGGACCCCACUCGUAGCCUCGGAUCUUCUGCAUUGUCACACGACCAUAACGGAGGGGGCGUGUUUGUAAUUCCACUGAGCCCCACCCAUCUGCCUUAUCCACACUCAUGCACAUCCACUAACACACAAUGCUGAGCCUCAGACCUGCAGUAUGAGCACGUCAAUGCUGGUUACUACUCAGCUGAAGCCGGCAGAACUACCUGCAGCUGGGAAACCUUCCGAAACCUCACCAAAGAGCAAUACUAGAUGACUUUUAAUACCUUUCAUGUCUCCUGACUGACGUUGGAUUUUUGUGUGUGUCCAGAGGUCCAGCGGCACAGCUCUGUGACCACAUACCGUGUAGGAGCAGACAGAAUUCAGUCCAGCUCUGAUUUGUCUUGAAGCACUAUGUACCAGCAGCCGUUUUUGUUGCCUUAACUGUAGUCUUAACGUAAGGACCAGCAGGUUUCACAAUGAUGACGCUUUACAUCAUGAAUUCCUCACUCUUUCUGCCACUUUGCAGAGUGAACCUACGACAUCAGGUGACGGCGUGUACGCAUAGAAGAAGUGGCCACAUCAUACAGAAAGAAUACGGAAAAUAAGACACAGAGAUUGUCUGCUUUAAUAAUGUCAUUACAUGCAGUUUAACCACUAAAAGAAGACAACAAAAGAACUCGAGAGAAAAAUGAAGACACAAAAAGGACAACUGUGGUUUUGUAGAAACAAAGAAAAAGGCCUUGUUGUUUUAUUGCACUGUUCAUUCCAUAAUGUGAACCAUAAGAAAUUCCAAAGCUCUGGGAUAUAAAAACAGAAAAACAACAACUCCUCUCUGUAGGUUAUUUAAUAGUUGUUGUUUUUGAUUUGGAUGAAAUUGUGUCUGCUAUAUUUUUCCCUACUCUUCAUCUGAGAUGUCUCAUGAAGUCUCACUCUAAGGACACGCAUUGGCCGAAAUACUGUAGAGUUGCAUUUCCUAUGAAGUUUAUCCAAAAAGUAGGCAAGAUUUUAUGAGCAGGAAUAUUAUUUCACUGCUGUUUUAGUGUCUUAGAUGCACACACACACACACAAACCUACACACACAUGUACAAAGCAAUGAUGAACUGUCGAUGUACCACUAGUAUUAAAUACUGUAUAUUAUUGUUUAUAUUUGAGACUAAAGGAGCGUUCAU